CUCAAUGAUAAGAUUAGACAGAUAACCAGACUUUAAAUUUUGUGAAACAGCUUAAUCUCGAAACAUGGUUCGAGUCAUUCCCUCUCAGGUAAUGGCGUGCAGAAGUAACUUCGCGCGCCAAACAUUGAUUUCAUUUACGCGUGACUCACGAGUCCACGUGACCACCACUUUCAGACGUUAGAUCACCGCUAUCUGCGCGAAUGCCAGUUUAGCGACGCUCCUCUGCGUGCAAGCAAACGCUUUAUUUCGCCACUCAGCCGCAUUUUCUUCGAGAAGUUGUCUGUCGAGUCUCGAUCAAGAUGAUCUCGUUCACAAUAGCGUUAAUCGUCGUGGCUGUGUUGCUCCUCGUUUACCGCUAUCUGUGGAAGCCGAUGAAGUACUUCGAGCAAGUGGGUGUCCCCCACGAACCAUGGCUGCCGAUCGUAGGCCACUUGGCGCCGAUCGUGUUUCGUCGGGUCUAUUUUUCCGACCAUUUCCAAGCAAUGUACAAUCGUUUUCCAGACGCCAAGUAUUUUGGAGUCUACAGUUUUACCAAACCUGCGAUAGUGCUCCGUGAUCCUGACUUGAUCGCUUCAAUUACCAUAAAGAACUUCGAUAACUUCACCGACCAUGUUGGCUUCGCUAACGAACAAUUGGAUCCUCUGUUGGGGAAAAACCUGUUCGCUAUGAAGGGCAACAAUUGGCGAGAGAUGAGGAAGGUGUUGAGUCCAGCGUUCACGUCCGCCAAGAUGAAGAUCAUGUUCAACCUGAUUAUCGACUGCGCGGAUAACUUCACCAAGCAUAUCGCGAAACACUCCAAAGACGGGAAAAUAUUCAAUGUGAAGGACAUCUUUGGUAGAUACACGAACGACGUUAUCGCAACUACCAGCUUUGGAAUUGCUGUGGACUCGAUGGAGGAUCCUGAGAACGAAUUCUUCGUGUUCGCCAAGCAAACUGUACAGGCUUUCAAUAACCAGACGGCGAAGAUGAUGCUGAUAACGAACUUUCCUACUCUGGCAAGACUGCUCCGUAUGAGGAUGUUCAACGAGGCGACACAUCGAUACUUUACCAGUGUUGUUGCCAACACUGUUCAAAUGAGGAAGGAGAAGGGUAUUUACCGACCAGACAUGAUCCAGCUGAUGAUGGAGUCCAGACACGGGGACGGACGAGAGCUCAGCAUCGAUGAAAUAACGAGCCAAGCGUUUAUCUUCUUCCUGGCUGGUUACGAAGCGUCCUCGACCUUGCUGUCCUUCGCUGCUCACGAAAUCGCCGUCAACCCUGACGUACAGGCUAGAUUGCGAGCAGAAAUCGAGGAUGUCAUGAAAGCUACCAAUGGAAAACCCACCUACGACGCUGUCAACAACAUGAAGUAUAUGAGCGCAGUGAUAAACGAAGCUGGCAGAUUAUACCCUGCGGCAGUCGCUUUGGAUCGACUCUGUGUAAAGGAGUUCGUGCUCCCCCCCGCAACAGAGAAUUCCAAGCCUGUGACGAUGAAACCGGAAGAUCUCGUGUGGAUCAUACCAUUUACGCUCCACCGAGAUCAAAAGUACUUCCCAGAGCCGAAAAGAUUCGAUCCUGAUCGGUUUCUGACGGAAGAGAUUCCUCAGAACGUGUUCGUUCCAUUCGGUAUAGGCCCAAGGAUUUGCAUAGCGAACAGGUUCGCCUUGAUGGAGGCCAAGAUUGCGUUGUUUUACCUUCUACUGCGCUGCGACAUAGAGCCUUGCGCGCAGACUACCAUUCCUAUGAAAUUCAGCACUAAGACCUUCUCCAUGGUGCCUGAAAAUGGAUUCUGGUUGAGGUACAAGACCAGGGAAAAUGGAAACGCGUAACUGUCGUCAGUGUUGAUGUCGAUGAAGCUUUGGAUGCUACACCUGAUAAAUAAAAAAUGUAUUUGAAUAAAACAUUUAUCUCUUAACCUGCUCCGAAUCUCUUAUAAAUUGUUAUUUGCAAC